AAAGAAAUGGUUAAUGCCUUUUGUUGUGUAACUAGUGUUUCUUGUUUAUUUUCUGGCUUCUUUUCAAAACUGUCUGAUAGAAAUUCGAAACAAGAUGGAAUUUGUACAUCUCUAUCAUUUUAUACAGUAGGCUUUCAUAUACCAAAAACAGCUGUAAAUAAGUCAACUACAUUGAAUGUUUCUGAAAUGUUUCCUACAGUAUGUCAGGAUAUGCCACCGAAUGGCUAUCACAGUGCAGCCUUGCCUUUUUUUUUUUGGCUUUUAAAGAGGAAAGUGGAGAAAUGGCAGGAAAUGAUUGGGGAGAAUAUUGGGCAUGGGAUCAGGAAAUAACCUCAUAAGCUAAGAUACAAACUCUGGUCACCUGCUGUACAGCAGCACAAGAUGUCAUGAGCACAUAGCCCACUAGGCUAUGGGUCUGGCAUGUAGCCCAGGUUUAAAAAGUUAAGAGGGAAAACACAGGGUGCCAUAACAAGGAAAUGAUCAGAACUCAAUCUGCUUUUUUUUUUUUUUUUAGAUGUAAUCUUAAAAAAAAAAAUUAUUACAAUACUGAUCAUAAUCAGUACAGUAUCAUACACAGUCAGGACUGCAUCCAAAAUGAAUCUCUAUGAGAAGAAAGAAGAGGGAGGUGAUCUUAGCUGUGUCUGUAUGAAGAGCAACUGUUCAAUAAAACAACCUGUUGGAUUUCACGAUAAAUCACAGUUCAGAAAUCCAAGUGAGGUAAGGGAAGAUCAAAUUAAUUAUCAGUCCAGAUAUGGAGUUUGUGAGCAGGUUCUGAUAGAUGCAGUCUCUGGUGAUGGUUUAAGAAGACACUGUAUCAGCUGCGACUCGGACCAGACCAGACCGUGUCCUGUCAUUGAACCAGCCUUGAUUGAGGAAACUGGAGAUUUGCAGCAGCAUUCUCAACAACCGGAUGAUGAUGUUUUUCAGAAAGUCAAAGAUCAAUACAAAACCAUAAUGAAAAACAAGUAUGAGAGCUUAUCUGAGGGAAUCAAACUACAAGAUAAUAAAACCCUACUGAACAGUAUUUAUACACAACUCUACAUCUUAGAGGCAGAGAGUGAAAGAGUGAAUGAAGAACAUGAGGUUUUACACAUGGAGAAUAAAUCCAGAACUCAACACUUACAAGACAAUCCAAUCUACUGCAAUGACAUCUUUAAAGUCUCAGCUGAACCAGGACAUGAGGAGAAAGACCAUAUCAAGACCGUUCUUACGAAAGGCAUCGCUGGAAUCGGAAAAACUGUCUCUGUGCAGAAGUUCAUUCUGGACUGGGUCGAGGAAAAAGCCAAUCAGGAUGUAGAUUUUAUGUUUGUGCUUCCAUUUCGAGAGCUGAACUUGAUCCGAGAUCAUCAGUACAGUCUUCACAAACUUCUACUGGACUUUCAUCCUGAACUUCAAGAUCUGGACUCACAGAUUUAUGAGGAGUGUAAAGUUGUGUUCAUCUUUGAUGGUCUAGAUGAAAGCAGAAUCACACUGAAGUUUUCAGACGCUCAGAAAGUUUGUGAUGUGACUGAGAUUUCAUCAGUGGCUGUGUUGAUGUCAAACCUCAUGAAAGGAGAGCUGCUUCCCUCUGCUCUCAUCUGGAUCACCUCCAGACCAGCAGCAGCCAAUCAGAUCCCCUCCAAAUACAUCCACCGUCUGACGGAAAUUCAGGGAUUCACUGAGCCUCAGAAGGAGGAAUAUUUCAGGAAGAGAAUCAGUGACCAGCAUCAAGCCAGCAGAAUCAUCUCACACAUCAGAAGAGCAAGAAGCCUCCACAUCAUGUGCCACAUCCCCGUCUUCUGCUGGAUCUCAUCCACUGUGCUUCAGAAGCUCCUGGAAGAAGAUCUGAGUGCAGAAAUCCCUCAAACUCUGACUGAAAUGUACAUCCACUUCCUGCUUAUUCAGAUCAACAUGAGGAACCAGAAGUAUAAAGAGAGAGAUCCAGAGAAACUCCUACAGUCCAACAGACAAGUGAUUUUGAAACUUGCUGAAGUGGCUUUCAAACAGCUGAUGAAGGGCAAUGUGAUGUUUUAUGAGGAGGACCUGAUUGAGAGCGGCAUAAACAUCACUGACGCCUCAGUGUAUUCUGGGAUUUGCACAGAGAUCUUUAAGGAGGAAUCUGUUAUUCAUCAGAGGAAAGUCUACAGCUUCAUUCAUCUCACCUUUCAAGAGUUUCUUGCUGCUUUUUAUGUAGUUUACUGCUAUUUAUGUAGAACUACAGAAGCACUUUUUGAUUCACUACAUAAUUUGCAUACACGUGUAUUCAGUAAAGUACAAGAAAGUGAAAAUGGACAGUUUGAUCUGUUCCUGCGAUUUCUGCUGGGUGUCUCACUGGAGACCAAUCAGAGACUCUUACAGGAUCUACUGACACACACAGAGAACAGUUUAGAGAGCAUCAAGAAAACUUCACUGUGUAUUAAAAACACAAUUAAGAACAACAAACAUCUGUCCACUGAAAGAUCCAUCAAUCUGUUCCUCUGUCUGCUGGAAGUGAAAGAUCAGACUCUGUCCAGAGAGAUUCAGGAGUUUGUGAAAUCAGACAAACACUCAGAGAAGAAACUCUCUCCUGCUCACUGCUCAGCAAUCGCCUACAUGCUUCAGAUGUCAGAGGAGCCGCUGGAUGAGCUGGACCUCAAGAAAUACAACACAUCAGAUGAGGGGAGAAGAAGACUGAUACCAGCUGUGAUGAAUUGCAGAAAAGCUUUUCUUGCUGACUCUAAUCUCACUGGUCAGUGCUGUGAAAUUGUAACUUCAGCUCUGCAGUCAUCAAAUUCCCUGCUGAGAUUGCUGGACCUAAGUAACAAUGACCUGCAGGAUUCAGGCGUUAAGCUGAUCUCUCAUGCACUGAAGACUACAAACUGUCACCUGGAGAUACUAAGAUUGUCUGGCUGUAUGGUGACAGAGGUUGGCUGUUGUUAUCUGGCUUCAGCACUGAGAUCAGCAACAUCACACCUGAAAGAGCUAGAUCUGAGCUACAAUCAUCCAGGGGAUUCAGGAGUCAAGCUGCUAUCUGAGAGCCUCAGUGAUCCAAACUGCACACUGGAAAAACUCAAUCUGGACCAUAAUGAACACUUCAGAAUCACACCAGGACUGUGGAAAUAUGCUUGUGAUCUCUCACUGGAUCCAAACACAGCAGACAUUCGUUUAUCUUUGUCUGAAGAAAACAGGAAGGUGACAUAUAUGAAAGAACCACAGCCAUAUCCUGAUCAUUCAGACAGAUUUGAUAGAUGUUGUCAGGUUCUGUGUCGAGAGAGUCUGUCUGGACGCUGUUACUGGGAGGCUGAAUGGAGUGGUAGGGGUGCUUUUAUUUCAAUGGCAUAUAAAGGAAUCAGCAGAAAAGGAGAGAGUGAUGACUGUCUGUUUGGAUGCAAUGAGAAGUCUUGGAGUCUGGACUACUCCUUUAAUAGAUUCAGUGCCUGGCACAACAAUAAGGUCAUUUACAUUUCUCCACCGUCGCCUCCCUCGAAUAAAGUAGGAGUGUAUCUGGACUGGUCAGCUGGCACUCUGUCCUUCUACAGUGUUUCUGAAACACACACUCUCACACACUUACACACAUUCAACACUAUGUUCACUGAACCAGUCUAUGGUGGACUUGGUAUUUAUGAUUCUUCAGUGUCUCUUUGUCAGACUCCACACAAACAACUGUAAACUGAUUUGCAACAACGUCUUCUCAAAGCUCUAGUGUUACAUUUUUCAACCUUGGAAGAUAUAUGUAAGAUAAUUAUGUAAUAUAAUGGUUUCUUUAUAUAGCACCUUUCUGUCAAGUUCCUGUCAUUUGCAGAUAAGACUGAACGAAUGUUUUGAACCAAAUUUGUCUGUGUAGUAGCAUCCAUGUCUGGAUUUUAAUUUAAACAUAAUACACUUUUUGGAAAGCCACUUUUGUAGCAAUCCUUUUAUCAGUUUUCCUUCAAGUGUACAUGGAAAAUAUAGAUUGAGUAUGUUUCUCAGACAUGACUUAUGUCCUCUUAGUCUACAAUUCACAUUUUAUAAAAACACAAUAAGAUUAAAAUUAUAUAAACAAUAUAUAAAACAAUAUUAGGGAAUCUUAGGUAUGUCACAGACAACGGUUCCAUAUAUACAGAUGGGUAAACAGCAUAAAGUCUCUCAGUACAAUACAAUGUUGGGGCCUCAUGUGCCACCAGAACAGCUUCAAGGUACCUUGGCAUUGAUACCGCAAGUCUCUGGAACUCUGUUGGAGGGAUGAAACUCCAUUCUAGCAUUUGGUAACUGAUGAUAGUGGUGGAGUCUAUUGCCUGUACAUGCUGCUCGAAAAUUCCCCAUAUGUCUGCAAUUCGGUUGAGAUAUGGGGACUGCAAAGGCCACAGCAUAUGAUUCAGAUAAUUUUCAUACUUAUUAAACCACUGAGUGAACAAAAAUUGUGCCUGUAUCCAAAUAUAUAUGGACCUAACUGUAACAUAUUUAGCAAGAAAUCACGUUAAACAUAUUUAGCUAGCCUGAUACAGAUGGAUCACUCAAAUCAGAAAUAAUGUGAAGGUUAUGUUGACAGCAAUGGACAUGAGCGGGAAGUUUUAGUUAUCAAAGGAAUUCGUUUUUUCCUUCUAGAUACUGAAUAUUUUCGGGUGAAAGCAUGAUUUAAACAGUUACAGCACUUAUUUACAUGCAAUUGCUCUGUCAAUAAUGCAUUCAUACAAAUUUAAUCUUAUCUGUACACUGUAAACAGAUUUGAAAAAGCAGAAUUCUGUAAGAAAUGCAGCAAUUCAUAAAUAACUGACGAAAUAGUUAUUUUCAUCCUUCACAAACAAAAUGUGCACUGCAAAAAAGCAAUGAUAUCUUAUAACGCUGACAAUGAUGUAAUAAGUAUGGCAUGUGGUAGAAAAAAGUUUGCACACUACCAAUAAGCCACUUUAAAACUACUGUGAUAUUUCAAAACAUACUGAAGUAUUAUUGCCAUAAAUUUCCUUAGGUAGGGAAGAUGGAGCUGUGUUUCUGAUAUCAAUGAGCGAGAAGUGGGAAAUGGUGAACCUGGAGCGGAGCUGGAGCAGAGUGAUUAUUGAAUGCUUGGAGGAGGAGGGGAAAUUGUUGCCGCUCCACUCUGCUCACAUACUCUGCCUCUGACGCUGUUGAUAAAACCUUGCCUGUUGUACUUUUGACUGUUUGUUAAUAAAGCUGCACAUGGAUCCCAA